AUGGAGGGAAAGAAUGAAAGCCCUCCAAAAGCUAAAACAAUUAAAUCACUUUUAGAUCCGCUUACAGAAAAGCGCUUGAUAGGGGACUUAAAACCACCGAAGCGUCAUUUGUCAUACUCAGAGAAACCUCCAAGAAUUGAGCACAUGAUUCAUAUGAGUCUGAAGCCGCCAAAAGCAGCCGAAAAUCUCUCAAAACUUGAUUCCGUUCAGACUCUUAUUAAAGAUUUUCAAAUUUUGGAGGGAGAAAUACACUAUUUGAGGCAAUAUUCUUGUCCGCCAAAUUCAGAUAAGCUAUUCAGCACUGUGGCUGAUAUACAUGAUAAAAUUCCGAUGUUUGAAGUUCAUUGCAAAACAAUUACUAAACAAAAAAAGCUUCAUGCAGAAAUUAAUCCAAAAGCUUUCGAAUACUACAAAUCAUUCGUUGUUUCGUUUGAUUUCUUUAUAGAAAAGUUAGAACUCUAUCGAAAACAGAUUCAUAGCUCAUAUUCUCACGCAAUUAAAUCAAGUUUCAGAAAAAUUGAAAAGAAUGUGAACAGUUUCUUCGAAAUUUGCUACAAAGAUCCCCAAGCUAGAACAAUUGCCGUUCAAUAUCGAAAAUACUGCGAUGAUUCUGUCAAAGAAAUCAAAGAAGUACUCAAACCUUACUUAGAACAAGAAGAUUUUGAUCAUCUUAAUGAUGAACAGCUAGAAAAAUUCUCAGAAACUACGAAAACAUUUGGAAGAUUCUUCGAAAAAGAGUUAUUCCCUCUUAUUGCUUCAAAUAUCAACCCUCGCUUAUCAAUUUCAGAAUAUAUUGACGUUUUCCACGAAAAGUUUGUAUAUAUUGUACCGAUGAUUACUAGUGCCCCGUUUUUUGUAGAACAAUAUAAGAUUAUUAUGGAUAAAGUAGAAAUAUUAAAAGAAGAUAUCAAGAAAGUGAAAAAGGAAGUUGGCGAUGAAAGAAUUCUUAAGAUUAGACCGAAUAAGAAGCAAGAAGUCAAAGUAGAAGUAGAACAAGAUGAUAUCAAGCCUGCAUUGAAUGAUUUAGUUAAAUAUUUCGAACCAAAGAUAACUGAUUAUGAUAAAGAUUCAGAUAUCCUUGUUAAAAUAAAGGAAGCCGCUGAAGACAAAAUUGGAAAAUUAAAAUCAGAAAUUAAAUCUCUUGAGAACAAAAUAACAGAAAUAAACAACAAGAAACCAGCGGACAUAGCCACUGAACAAUACAAAAUGCAGUUUAGCGACAUCAAGAAACUGAAAAAACAAUUAGAGGAAAAGAUUCUUGAAGAAAAUGCUAAUUUUAACAGAUCAAUUAUCUAUUCCAUAAGAAAUAUCUUGUCCAAUCCACGUUUGAACACGUCUGAUUCGCAUAUCCACCAAGUACAGUCAUUAAUUACACAGUGCAAGGAGGAAAUGGACAAAAUAAGAGAAGAAAUGGAUAAGACAAAAGGAGAUUUUAGUAAAACAAAAGAUUAUCUUUCGGAAAUUUACGAAACACCUUUAAUUACUGAAGAAAUGCCAUUAAACAAUCUUGCAAUGAACGUUGUUUCGAUUGUUAAAGAUGAACGGAAAAAUUACAAAAAAACGAUCGACGAUAUGAGAAGUUUGGCCAGAGAAAUGGAAGAAAAAGUGACGAAGAUGCUGACAAGUAAUUUUGGGGUUGACAACGAAGAAAUAAGUGACAAAAAUUACGAUACGAAGUUGGAAAUAGCGGAAAGGCAAUUCACAACAGUUGUUGAAGAACUCAGGAGAUCACGAAGCGAAUCAGCCAGUUCAAAUGCCUCAUUAAAGGAAAUUUGCGAUAAAUUAACCGAAAUUUCCGGUAAAGAGAAGAAUUUAGAUUCCACGAUAGAUAAUAUCAAGAAGAUCAUUGAGAGUAUCGAUGAUGAACUCAAAGAUAAAAAGAAUCUUCAAAAUGAUUUAAUUUCUUUUGUUUCAGCAAUAACAGAGAAUUUAACUAUACUAGACAUUAAUCCUCCCAAAGAUUAUGAUGAAUCAAAGAUAACAAUGCACCAGAUCAUGAGUUCUUUGGAGAAUUCCCAAGCAUUAGCUUCUUCUAUCAUGGAUAACUCACCAACAAAAGGAUUGUUCAAGAAUGCAGCUGCUUAUAGAUCACUUGCUUUGGACAUAACAUCAAAACUCUUGAAUAUAUCGAGAUCAGACUUAUCUGGACAAAAAUUUGAUGACAUCAAAAAAGCGGUUUUUGACAAAAUUGAAUUUUACGAAACCGUCGUAAAUCUUGGACAAGAAAUCGAGAAAGUAGAAAAAGAAUCACAGGAUUCGAUGCAGUUUAUGACGAGAAUCAAAGAAGAAAUAGAGAAUUCUAGGAAAUUAAACGAAUAUCUCGGUAAGCUGCAUGAAACUAUUAAACAGAUGACAGAAAUGAUAGGUGGAGAGCUUGUUUUCCUACCAAAGACAGAUGCGUCCAAGAAACUAAAGAGUAUUUCAGAAUCAUUACAAAAUUCGAAAGACAAAGAUAACCAGAUUCUCAAUACAGUUGUUCAAGACUUAAUAGAUUUCAACGAUAAGCUAUGUGAUCAAAUACAGAAGGGAAAAUUCUCUCCAAAAAGGAACCGGAAAUUAAUUAAACAAAAUGAGAGACUUGAGAACGAAAAUUUCAAGCUAAAAGAGAAACUCAUAGCUGCAAAUAUCGAAGUACCUGAAGAAGAAGAUAAAAAUAGCUCCUCUUCAUCUUCUUCGUCAAGUUCGUCAUCGGAUACCGAGAAAAGUGACAACGAGGAACUAAAAAGUGACACAGAUGAGUAA